AAAAAUGAAAUAUUGAUAAAUUCAAAUGCAAUGAAUAAAAAUGUUUGUGAAAAUAAACCAAUAACACAAAGAAUUGCUGACAAUGAAAUGAAAAUAUCCAAAAUUGAAGAAAUCUCAGCUAUAAAAGUAAAGCCUGGGUACCAAGAAGAAAAGAAAAUGAAACAUGAUAAAUUAUUUAUGAAUGAAAUACAAAAAUCAAGCAAAUCAGAAGUUUUAAAGCAGUUAAAAAGUGGGAACCCUCUCAAACAAUAUUAUGAAAAAUCAAAUAUAAUCUUAACUGGAAAACAAAGUGAAACUGACUCCAGAAGCAUAUUAAACCAACAGAAACAAUCACCAAAUAGAAAAUCAAAUAGAAAAUUGGAAGACCAAAAAGCAAUUCGGGAUAAUUCCAAUGAAAUAAGUAAUCAACCUGGUAAAAAUUCUGCCGAGAGAAUACGGAAACUUUUUCAGAUAACUUCUACUCAGGAAUCUCUGGAUCUAAGUCUAAGUUUAUCUAGUCAAGUUGAUGGUCCAUCUGUUAUAACCUCUCAUUGUGAAAAUCGCAAGGUGGAGGUACCAGGUCAUGAAAAUCAUAAGACUGUGGAACUUCAUUAUGAAAAUCGCCAGGCUAAGGGGCCUGUUAAUAAAAAUAGCCAUUUUGGAGGAUCUUGUGAGAAUCGUCCAAAUGAAGCGCUUGGGAAUAAAAAUCAGACAGACCCACACUCAGAUAAUAUCAAUAAAAUCACUUCAGAACAAAAAGGAAGUAAAUCUGAAAAAAUAAGCAAACUUGAGUUGACAUCCUGGGGUUUGCCUGAUGUUGUGCUGGAGAAAUAUAAAGAAUGUGGGAUCACAACCAUGUUUGAAUGGCAGGCUGAGUGUCUCAGCACUGGCAAUGUAUUAAAUGGCGGUAACUUGGUUUACUCUGCCCCAACGAGUGCAGGCAAGACAAUGGUUGCUGAACUGUUGAUGUUAAAGCGUGUCAUAGAAACUGGGAAAAAGGCAAUCAUGAUUUUACCCUUUGUGUCAGUGGCAAGGGAAAAGAUGAACUAUUUGCAGCAAUUAUUCCAAGAUGCAGGCCUGAGGGUUGGAGGCUAUAUGGGCAACCUCAACCCUAGUGGGGGCUUUAGUAAUGUUGACAUAGCAGUCUGCACAAUAGAGAAAGCUAACAGUCUGGUUAAUAGGCUACUAGAGGAGGGGAAACUGGACCAGUUAGGAAUUGUUGUAGUAGAUGAACUGCACAUGGUAGGUGAUCCCCACAGAGGCUACCUGCUAGAACUUCUGCUGACAAAAGUGCGCUAUGUCACAUUGAAGUUGGACUUGAACACUAAAUCUGCUAAAACUGAUGAUGUUGCAAAGGAUGCAGCAGACAAUAGAAUUCAGAUCGUUGGGAUGAGUGCCACUUUGCCGAACCUUGAACUCUUAGCAACAUGGCUCAGUGCUGACCUCUAUCAGACUAAUUUCAGACCUGUCCCAUUGACAGAAUGUGUCAAAAUCGGCACCGAAAUUUUCGACUCUGAUUUGAAAAAAAUGCGAGACAUAGACACAAGUGUGAAAUUUCAAAAGGAUGAGGAUCACGUCGUGAAUUUAUGUCUUGAAACGAUCAAGGAAGGGCAUUCUGUAUUAGUGUUCUGUCCGACUAAGAACUGGUGUGAAAAACUGGCGGAGACCAUCGCUAGGGAGUUUUAUAAUAUAAACAGGCAGCAUAGAGCUAGUUCAGGUGUUCAAGGGAAAUCAGUCACAAGUUUGGAGGUGAAGUUGAACAUGACUGGAUUGCGUGAUGUAUAUGAGCAGCUUAAGAGCAUCCCUGUUGGCCUGGAUGUUAUGCUGGGAAGACUGGUGCCCAAUGGUGUAGCAUAUCACCAUGCAGGAUUAACAUUUGAUGAACGAGACAUAAUAGAGGGCGCUUUCAGACAAGGAAACCUACGUGUCUUGGUUGCUACAUCCACCCUAUCAUCAGGAGUGAAUCUGCCUGCAAGGAGAGUUGUGAUUCGUACACCAACAUUUCACGCUGGCCAGAUCCUUGAUAUCUUGGCAUAUAAACAAAUGGUUGGGAGAGCUGGUCGCAAGGGAGUUGAUACGCAAGGAGAAAGUAUACUGGUAUGUAAGACAACUGAAAAGAACAAAGCUGUUAGUCUAGUGACAUCUGCAUUGAAACCUGUACAGAGUUGUCUUAAAAGGGAACAAGAAGCUUUAAGUUCCUCAAUGAAAAGAGCCAUACUAGAGGUGGUAGUGAGUGGGGUUGCCAGUUCACCAGAAGAAGUGACUACAUAUGCAAGAUGUACCAUGUUAUCAGCCUCACUACAAGAGGAGGAAAAAGGACAUGCCUUUCACAGCAUUGAUGCCUGCAUUCAGUUCUUAAAGGAAAAUGAAUUUGUCAACCUAAAAGCAGUCAACAAUGCUAGCACUGAGUCCAAAACAGAGAAAUUCUACCCAACCCAGCUAGGAGCAGCUGUGCUGGCGUCGGCACUCUCUCCAGAUGAAGGUCUGGUUGUGUUCUCUGAACUCCAAAGGGCUAGAAAGUGCUUUGUAUUGGAGAAUGACCUGCAUAUACUCUACCAGGUGACACCCAUCUAUGUACAGAGCAUGUGGUCAGGACUGGACUGGUACAGCUAUUUAACACUCUGGGAGGAACUCACCCCUGGACAGCAAUGUGUUGCACAGUUAGUGGGGGUCACUGAAAGCUUCCUAUCUAGAGCCAUAAGGGGACGUAUCAACACUAAAACACCAGCUCAGGAGAGAGCCCUUGGUAUCCACCUAAGAUUCUAUACAGCCCUUGUGUUACAUGAUUUAAUUAAUGAGGUGCCUAUAAUGAAGGUGGCCCAGAAGUACAAGUGUAAUAGAGGAAUGCUACAGUCUUUACAGCAGAGUGCAGCCACAUUUGCAGGUAUGGUGACUGUGUUCUGUAACAGAUUAGGCUGGAACAACUUGGAAAUCCUGCUGUCACAGUUCCAGAACCGUCUCACAUUUGGGGUACAGCGUGAGUUAUGUGACCUCGUGCGUAUCUCACUCCUGAAUGGUCAGAGGGCUCGCGUUUUGUACAAUGGGGGAUAUGAGACUAUAGCAGCCCUAGCUAAUGCUGAUGAUAAUGACAUUGAGCAUUUGUUACGGAACUCUGUACCUUUCCAAAGUAAGAAGAAAGCUGACAAUGAGACUGACUGGGAUGUUAGAGAGAGAAACAAAGCUAGGUGUAUAUGGCUCACUGGGCAGAAAGGACUGACAGAGCAUGAAGCAGCUGUUAUGAUUAAGGAAGAAGCAACAAAACUUCUACAAGAGGACCUGCAGCAACUUGGGGUUCAAUGGAACCCAAAUGCAAAUUCUGAGAAAUCUGAGGGUAAUAUAUCAUCACAUGGUAGAAGAUCUAGUUUGACCAGGAGAUCAUCACUUAAUGCAUCAAAACACAACAUAUCUGCUAAUUGCUCAACAUCAAAGAAAACACCUGGCAGAUCAUCCAUCGCAACACCUGGGAAUUAUAAUAAACCAAAUAGCAUCCUCAAUGCUGAAUCCACUUUGAGUUCUUCAAGGAAAUCCACCUCUAAUAGAUCAAUCAGGCGGGGUUCUGAUCAUACUAGCUCCCCUUCUCCAGUCAAAAUUCUAAUCAGUCCACUUGGGACAAGACCCAGUACAAAGUCAAUGAAUAAAAGUAUUAAAUCUUCUAGUGUAGUUUUAAAAACUGACAACAGGCUACUGAAGAGAGAUGGAGUAGUGAAAGACAAUGUUAAGGCUGUUGGUGAUGAGUGUAGUGAUAAGAGACGUGAUGUAUUGAGAAAACUUGGUGUAAAGGAACAUGUAGAAAAAGAAAAUGAAAAUAAAUCGAGUCCUUUAGCAUCCAGACUGGACCAAAGUUUAAAACAGAGCAAUAAGAUUAUAACCGAGGCUGAUAUUCAUGGCUCUACACACAAUCCAGAGCUAGUAGUAAAGGAUCAUGGCCCUGAACCUGGAUCUCCAGAUAUGUACACAGAACAGGAUGAAUUUGGAGACAGUCUUUGUAUUGAUACUCAAGCCAUGAGAGAAAUCAUUGAAAACAAAAUAGACAGUCAACAUCAAGAACAACCAGGGACUGAUCAGAGAGAAUGUGCAGGUGCCAAAAUAGAAACUAGAGGGAAAUAUAUGGAAAAUGGUUCACCCAAAGGAUCACCAGAUAUGUUUACUGAACAAGGUCAUGUGGCACCAAAAUCUAGUGAAAAUACAAAUGCUUCAAAUAAUAUACAGUGCAAUACAAUGAAAUUUCCAAACAAGCAGGUCACUCCUACCAUGUUUUCUCAAGAAGAUGAAUCUAUUUCCCGCCCUGACUUUGAGCUUAAAAAAGAUGCUGAAGUUGAUGACUUUGACACAAUGGACUCAGAUAUUCAGAACUUUAUGGAUGAUUACUGCACACAAAGGGUGGACCAUGUUGCUGAGAGUGCAUCCCCAAUGUUAGCCCAUAUACCUAAAUCAACAAAUAUUCACCCACAAAAUGAUCAAUCCCUGCUGUCAGGGUCAUGUGACCUUUUACCUGGGAGUGACUUUGAAAGAGUUGAAUAUCAGGAGGAUGCUCAAUUGAAUCAUUCUGAUCUUGUCAACCAUGGGAAUGUUCUCCCAUUUGAGAACAAAAUUAGCACAAUCAAUAAUCUGCCAAAGCAGAUGGAUAUGGGAGAACUAUGUUCACCAAAGCUUCGCUUGCGUAACUCAAAUAUUUCAUAUGACAAACUACAAGAAGAUUUAGCAAUAGCAAUGAACAUGAGCGAUUCCUUCAAUAGCCCAAUUCCAACACCAAAGCCCAAAGGUCAGCCCAAUAUUGCUACAAGUACUCCAACUGACCAAAAUCACAAAGAACAUUCCAAUAAAAGAUCACUUGAUGAUUCCCUGACUUUCUCAAUGAUUGAAAACAUUCUAGAUAUUGAAAAAGACUCAAUGCCUGCGGUAAAAGAAAACAAUCCAAGAUCAACCAAAAUACAGUCUAAGCAGAAAAGGAAAAGUGUCGAACAUAUCAAAGGCCCUACUCCACCUAAACAAGCUAAAGUUCCUGCCAAUCUUGGUAAUACAAGUUCAACAUCAGAUAAAUCAGAUGAGAGUAGUAGUUUCAUGCCUCCAACUCCUCCAAAGUUUAACAGCCCUUUCAAUGCAAAGACGCAGAAGUCACUCAAGGCAUCAUUCAUGAGCCCAAAAAAUCCAAUGAAAAAACUGAACCACAAAGAAAGCAACAGAAAGAUUGGCAGUGAUGAAGCCAUGAUUGGAAAACAAAGAGACAUGAUUAAGAGUCAACCUGCAAGCACUUCAAAAAUGACUAGCUCCAAAUCAGCUCUCUCCCAAAUAAAACCCUCAAAAUCAACUGAGAUAGAAUUACCACAUUCAACACAGGCUUCACAGCUUUCACAAAUGUUACCUGCCACACAGGGUUCAUUUACAAUCAUAGAUGUGGCUGCCAAUGAGAUGUUAUUUGAGACAUUUAUCCAGGAAUGGGCCUGCAAGGAGAGUUACGCCAUCAGUGUGGCCUGUGAGCAGAAACCUACAGUGCUGCCCCCUGGAGGUGGAAUCGGAGGAAACUUUAAUAAAGGAAAAAGUAUUACUCCAGUAGAAGAAAAAGUAGAUGGAUUUACAGUAGACACAUCUAAUUGUGUGAUAGUUGGGAUAGCUGUUAGUUGGGAGGCUAGAGAUGCCUAUUAUAUAGCACUCACAGAGAAUAACAUACAUUGUGAUCUGGAUGAAAGUCUUGCACCACCACCAAUAGAUGGCAGACUCUCAGUAGCAAAAAGACUUCAAGCCCUCAAAAGUGUUUUGGAGAUUAAGACAAUCAAAGCUGCAUUUGCUGUGAAAGAGCAGUACAGGGUAUUAAGUGAAGGAUGUGGGAUUGCGCUACAAGGUCAGUUCCAUGACCCUAAGGUGGCUAGUUGGUUGCUAGACCCAGGGGCCAAGGAAAAAACUCUACAUAACAUGGUCACUAACUCAAUACCCAUGGAGCUACAUCUACUUGAAUGUCUAGGAGGUAUUAAUGGACUCAGCAGUAUAGGAGUCACUCCCCAAACAGCUGGCAGUGGACGACAGAGAGCUGCCACAGAAGCUGUAUUAGUACAACAUCUCAUGGUAUACUACAUGCAGGAACUUGAGAAGGUGAAUAUGUUGGAUGCCUUCCAGAAGGUAGAGAUGCCUUCUCAGAUAUGCCUUUCUCGCAAGGAACUCAAUGGCAUGGGGUUCAGUCAGGAUGAAUGUGAUGCACAGUACAAUAUGAUGCAAGCUAAAUUAUCAGAACUGGAACAACAGGCCUAUGAAUUAGCCAGGCAUCCGUUUUCAUUAACAUCCCCAGCAGAUUUGGCAAAGGUACUGUUUAUCGAGCUGAAGUUGCCACCAAAUGGUGAUCCCACUGCUACCACCAGUGUGACAAAAACUCUAGGCCCAUCCAGACGUGCAAAUGUACGGGGUAAACCGAAAUUCAGCACAACCAAGGAUAUUUUAGAAAAGUUGAAGAAGUUUCAUGAAUUACCGGCUGUUGUGUUAGAAUGGAGAAGGAUAACUAAUGCAAUAACAAAGGUGGUAUUUCCCAUACAGAAAGAGAAGCGGUUCAAUAGGCGUGUUGCUAUGGAGCGUAUCCAUGGUGAAUGUCAAACUCACACAGCAACAGGAAGAGUGACAAUGAGUGAACCAAAUCUCCAAAAUAUCCCCAAAGAUUUUGAAAUUAAUAUGCCAGAUAUGAUUGGCAACAGCCCACAAUCUGCAGUACCAUCGGUCUCUACCAGGGGUCGCCACCAUACCAAACAGAACAAACAACAUUCAAAAUGUACAGGCACAAAUCAAGAGAAAUUCUCCAUAAGUAUGCGACAUUCUUUUAUCCCAUUUACUGGUGGAGUAAUCCUUGCCGCUGAUUACUCCCAGUUGGAACUACGCAUCAUAGCGCACCUAUCCCAUGAUGCAAAGCUGGCAAGAAUUCUAAAUAGUGGUGAAGAUGUGUUCAAAUUAAUCGCUUCCCAGUGGAAAGGCGUUAGUGUAGAGGAAGUGACAUCAUCACAAAGACAACAAGCAAAACAGGUAUGUUAUGGCAUGUUGUAUGGUAUAGGAGCUAAGGCACUAGGGGAACAACUGGGUGUAACAGAGGAAGAUGCAGGAGCCUUCAUUGAAACAUUCAAAGCUAAAUAUACAGGUAUGCGGGCAUACCUGCGUGAAACAAUAGCUUUCUGCAGGAAACAUGGCUAUGUGGAGACUAUCAUGGGCAGACGUCGUUACCUCCCAGCUAUCAAUGAUACAUUCCCUCACUCAAGAGCCCAG